CCCCGCCGGGUGCUGCACCGUUUCCCCGCCGUGGUUCCGCAUGGCGAAAGCGGAUCCCGAGGGGGCGGCCGGUGGGAAGGGUCGGAGGAGGAAAGGCCGGCGGGGCAGCGGGCAGCAGGCGGGGAUGGCCGCGCAGAAUGGCCCGAAGGCGGCCACGGUGGCGGCCAUACCCCGCAGCCCGCAGGAGUUCUCCUCCAACUGGAAGGCGCUGCAGGAGCUACUGAAGCAGAAGGCAAGUGCCUCGAAUGAGACUCUCCCUUCAUCUCAAACAUCCACCAAGAAGCAGCAUCCACUCAAAGAGGGAAACAGCCAACAGGUCCCAGCUGGCACUGGGGAUCAAAACGUGUUGAAACCCAAAUCCACAAAUAAAAAGGACGGGGGUCUGAAUGCACACAGCCCUCCUGUGGGCAAGGUGAAACACAAGAAGGCUGCAACUGACAAGAAUUCAAAGCCUAAACACACAGAUCAGAGGGCCAAGAGUUCUGCUGAUGGUGGCGCUCCUAUGGCUGAGCCCAAAGGCAGGAGAGAUGAGAAGGACAAGAGUGUGAACGGCAUCAAAAGCAAUGGGAAGGGCUGCAAAGAGAAAAGGAAAAACGGCAGCAUUGAAAAGGAGAAGAGCGACGUGAAACAUAAGAAGAGGAAAGCUGACGAUAAAGCACAGCAGCCCAAAGAGCCCGACAUCUGGUUUGAUGAUGUUGAUCCAAAUGAUAUUGAAGCAGCAAUAGGACCUGAAGCAGCAGAAGUUGCUAGAAGGAAAAUGGGACUUGAAACAGGCCAACCCAAACGGACUGUGGAGCAGGUGCUGGUUAAAGAGAAGUCUUCUGGAGGCCUUACAAGAGCUGUAGCUAUGGACUGUGAGAUGGUGGGAGUGGGACCCAACGGCGAAGACAGCAUUGUGGCUCGUGUGUCCAUUGUGAACCGGUUUGGAAAGUGCAUUUAUGACAAGUAUGUCAAGCCUACAGAAGAGGUGACGGAUUACAGGACAGCUGUUAGCGGCAUACGACCUGAGCAUCUAAAGACAGGUGAAGACUUUAAAACAGUUCAGAAGGAGGUCGCUGAUAUCUUGAAUGGAAGGAUAUUAGUUGGGCAUGCAUUACACAAUGACCUAAAGGUCUUAUUCCUUGAUCAUCCUAAGAAGAAAAUGCGCGACACGCAAAAAUACAAACCUUUCAGACAGAGAGUCAUGUGCGCACGGCCAUCGUUGAAGCUGCUCUGUGAUAGAAUUCUAGAUGUUAAAGUGCAGACAUCAGAGCACUGCUCGAUUCAGGAUGCACAAGCAGCUAUGAGACUGUACACCUUAGAGAAAAAGAAAUGGGAAGCUGCUCUUAAGAACAAAUCUAAAGUCAAACUGUGAGACUUGAAUGAUUCCACACUGUGUUAUUUAACUGCAUUUGCUGCUUCACUGUCAGAUCCCAGGCAAAUUCAAGGAGAGCUGCUCAGAACUAACAGCAGUAAUUUCAUACAAUAAUACAAACAAAAGCCCAGCACAGAAUGGCAACAUUCACAUACAAGAAUACUGCUGAAGUAUCCCCUUUCUGUAUAGUACUUACACCUAAUGGAACAAUACUUGCAAAUGCCUGCAUUUGUGAAGUACUUCGUCAAUAAUAGGAAAUAAAUAUUAAAUGAACAAUAAAAAGAGAGCACUUUUAAAUUGUGAUGGAUGAAGGAAGAAACUGAUACUGCUUUACUGAAACUGUCAAGACUAAAACCUUUAUUUUGGAUAUUUUUGAAGUCUACAAAGUAAAGCAAGUUCUUAAAUAUUGCUAUUAGUCUCACAGUUGUGAUAACUAAACACAACGUAGAAUUAAGUAUUGUUAAUGGCCCAAUAGUAAUCUUCCUGGUGAGAAAUAUCUUGUGAAAUACUUCAGGAUAAUCCAGGCUUUUAUAUCUGAGCCAGAAGUCUGCAGGUCUUGUUCUUAUACAGAAAGCUUUUACUCCUGCAGUCUCAAAAGUGCUGUGUCCACAAGGGCCAUAAUCUCCUGUAGAGAAAUAUGGGAACUGAUAAAUAUAAGAUUACCUUGUUGUUUCAAUUAUUUUUGUACUUCUCUAUUAAUAAAGAACUGUGUUUAAACAGUUAAGCCUUUAAAACAAAUGAUGUUUUAAAACACAUGGGGUUUGAUUCUGCAAAAUCCAAAGCAGUUGUAAUUGUCAGACUGAAUACUAAUACAGUUUUAAUAACCUAAGCAGUGGAAAGUAGCAAGGUACAGGUUUCAGAGAAUUAGCAGUUGCAUGUCACACAGCAUACUGCUAGAUUAAGAGAUUCUGCUCGUCUGUCUGCUUUGUCUGUUAUGGAGCACAGGGAACAACAAAUUGCAUUUGCAACAGCGGGAGCUGUUUUCUUCUCAUUUCUGCUUUGUUUUUGUUUUGUUUUUUAAUGCACUAACUUAUAGCUUCAGCUUUCAUUAAUGUGCUUCAGGCAGUGCCUGCAGGAGACAGUGGAGAACAAGUUUGUUUGCAUCUGUCUGAGACAAUUUAUGUAAGCAGACUAAAUGCAUAGCUGAAUAUAAAGUGUUAUAAGACUACCCAGUUAUAUUGGCUUGCUGGGGAAAAGACACCUUCUCAUUGAUAGCUACCUGACAGCAAGCCAUUGUAAAGGAAAUUUUAGAAUGACACAUUAAAUAGCUCAAAUAACCAUUCUGUUAUCUGUUAGACAUUUCUGGUGUUUUAACAGUUUGUUUUUCCCCAUUAUGACUGUGUUGGAAUUUAACUUUUAACCCUUCAGGCAAACUAUCAGAAGUGAGUUUGUACAGCUUCACUGUUCACACAGUUCUGUAAAGUUCUGCAGUAUGUAACUCCAACCAUUUGAGAAUGACAAA